AUGGCGUACCCUACUACCGCAAAGCCCGAUGGCACCUUCUUUGUCGAGUCAGACGAGCCGUCCAGGCCUCGUAUCAGCGCGAGGGAAGCUGCCAAGAUCAUGGCCAGGAACAAGCGGGAGAUCAUCGGAAACGAGCUCUCGCGGCUCGCCGGUGAGGAGUAUCUGGAGGAUAUCAUGCAGCACAUGAGGCACAUGGAGGACGAGACGCUUCCCGAUGCGAACCUCAUCGACAUGCAACGCGAGAUCCAGUGGUUCAUGCGCCCCUACCUCAUCGACUUCCUCGUCGAGGCACACGCUGCCUUCCAGCUGCUCCCCGAAACGCUCUUCCUCACGGUUAACCUCCUGGACAGGUACUGCUCCAAGAGGGUGGUCUACAAGCAGCACUACCAACUCGUUGGAUGCGCUGCCAUGCUGAUUGCCGCCAAGUACGGUGACAAGAAGGACCGUGUGCCGCAGAUCAACGAGCUCAACAACAUGUGCUGCGGGCUGUACGACGCCGGCAUGUUCACGCAGAUGGAGAUGCACGUCCUCAACACCCUGGAGUGGACUGUUGGCCACCCGACCGUCGACUUCUUCUCCCAGCUCAUUGUGGCCGAGGAGCGCGACGACAAGGAGGUGCAGCACAUGGCCGCAUACAUCAGCGAGAUCUCCCUUUACUACCGCGAUUUCGUCUCGACCAAGCCGUCCACCAUGGCAAGGGCAUCGCUUGCCCUGGCUCGCGCAAUCCUGGGCCGCCCCGAGGUCAACGACGGCGAGUGGGAUCACGACCAGAACGUCACCCUCCUGACUCUGUCCCACAACCUGCAUCAGCCCUCGGUCACCCUGUCAAGGAAAUAUGCCUCUCCCCACUACCACCGUGUCUCCGCUAAGCUGUCCGACUUCCUGGCGCAUCAGGCCGCCAUCAACAGGCGAGCUGCCGCUGCCGCUGCCGCCGCGAACCCGUGCACGCCGACCUUUGACACCUCUGCUGCGACCAAGGAUGUGUUCAGCACCCCCCACAAGGGUCUCGGAUCCGUCCCGGGUGCAGCUGAUGGGUACAUGACCCCGCCAAUCACCCCCGACAGCUACGCCGGCGGCGAGUCUCAGAGCAAGGCUUCGUACCCCGUACCUCCCCGAUGCCCUGUCACCCCGACGCCUCCACAUCACAGUUACGCCAACGGUUUCCCUCAGCAGCAGACGGCACAAUACGCCAACUACUUUGAUGGGCAGGCCAGGUGA